UGGGUCAUCUUCAGAAGGAUGUAUCUGUCAGAGUUUGGAGAAGCUGCAGCCUUCCUCAGAAGAAGUGAAGCUGAGUUGCUUCAGCUACAGGCCAUGACCAUUGAUGGAAAGAAGAAAUGCUGGGUUCAUGAUGGCAAUAAUGCUUAUAUUGAGGCUGAGAUUAAAGGGAGUGAAAAUGAUGGAAAAAUAAUUGUUGAGACUACAGAUGGAAAGAGCCUCAGUGUCAAGGAGGACAAAAUCCAACACAUGAAUCCUCCAAAGUUUGAAAUGAUUGAAGACAUGGCGAUGUUGCUUCACCUGAAUGAAGCGUCUGUGCUACAUACUCUGGAGAGGCGCUAUGAACACUGGAUGAUUUAUACGUAUUCAGGUCUCUUCUGUGUGACCAUAAACCCUUACAAGUGGCUUCCAGUGUAUCAGAAAGAAGUGGUGGCUGCCUACAAAGGCAAGAGGCGAUCAGAGGCUCCCCCUCAUAUCUUUGCUGUUGCUGAUAAUGCCUUUCAGGAUAUGCUUCACAAUCGAGAGAAUCAGUCUAUACUCUUCACAGGAGAAUCUGGUGCUGGAAAGACUGUGAACACCAAACAUAUUAUCCAGUAUUUUGCCACCAUAGCUGCCAUGAAUGAAUCCACUAAAAAGCCGGGGACUUUGGAAGAUCAAAUCAUGCAAGUGAAUUCUAUCUUGGAAGCAUUUGGAAAUGCCAAAACCUUGACAAAUGACAACUCUUCUCGUUUUGGCAAGUUCAUCAGGAUACACUUUGGUGUCAGAGGCACGCUGUCAUCUGUGGACAUUGAGAUCUAUUUGCUUGAAAAAUCCCGGGUGAUUUCUCAGCAGCAUGGAGAGAGGAAUUACCACAUAUUCUAUCAAAUCCUUUCUGGAAAAAAAGAACUUCGUGACAUGCUCCUGGUGUCUGCAAAUCCCUUCGACUUUCACUUUUGCUCUUGUGGAGAAAUUGCUGUGGAGAGCUUGGAUGAUGCUGAAGAACUGCUAGCCACAGAAAGAGCAAUGGACAUCUUGGGCUUUCUUCCUGAGGAGAAGUAUGGGUGCUAUAAACUUACCGGAGCCAUCAUGCACUUUGGAAAUAUGAAAUUUAAACAGAAACCCAGAGAAGAGCAACUGGAAGCAGAUGGCACAGAGAGUGCUGACAAAGCUGCUUUCCUCAUGGGCAUUAACUCCUCUGAGUUGGUGAAAGGCUUGACCCACCCUAGAAUCAAAGUUGGUAAUGAAUAUGUUACCAGAGGUCAAAAUAUGGAACAGGUAAGCUAUGCUGUUGGUGCCCUGUCCAAGUCUAUCUAUGAAAGGAUGUUUAAGUGGCUGGUAGCACGUAUCAACAGGGCCCUGGAUGCCAAGCUGUCCAGGCAGUUCUUCAUUGGCAUUCUUGACAUCACCGGCUUUGAAAACCUUGAUUAUAACAGCUUUGAGCAGCUUUGCAUUAAUUUUACCAACGAAAAAUUACAACAGUUCUUCAAUCAUCACACAUUUAUUCUGGAACAAGAGGAAUAUAGAAAAGAAGGCAUUGACUGGGCAUCCAUUGACUUUGGUCUGGAUGUGCAAGGCUGCAUAGAUCUCAUUGAGAAGCCAAUGGGCAUCUUUUCCAUUCUUGAAGAGGAAUGUAUGUUUCCUAAGGCUACAGAUCUGACUUUCAAGACCAAACUCUUUGACCAUCAUUUUGGAAAGUCAGUUUAUCUCCAGAACCCCAAGCCUGAUAAAAAGUAUGAAGCUCACUUUGAACUUGUCCAUUAUGCAGGAGUGGUGCCUUAUAACAUCAGUGGUUGGCUUGAAAAGAACAAAGACCCUCUUAAUGAAACAGUGGUGGCUGUGUUUCUGAAGUCUUCCAACAGACUCUUGGCAAGCCUUUUUGAAAAUUACAUCAGUACGGACAGUGCUGUACAGUUUGGGGAAAGGAAACGCAAGAAAGGAGCUUCAUUCCAAACAGUUGCAUUUCUGCAUAAAGAAAACCUAAAUAAAUUGAUGACUAAUCUGAAAUCAACAGAACCUCAUUUUGUGAGAUGCAUAAAUCCCAAUAUGAAUAAGAUGCCAGGUAUAAUGGACCCUUAUUUGGUUCUACAGCAGCUGCGCUGUAAUGGUGUCUUGGAAGGGAUUAAGAUAUGCUGUGAAGGUUUUCCAAACCGACUGCUAUAUGCUGAUUUUAAACAAAGGUACUGCAUUCUGAACUCAAAGACCUUUCCAAAGAGCAAGUUUGUGAGCAGCAGAAAAGCAACCGAAGAAGUACUUGGCUCCUUGGAGAUAGACCAUACCCAAUACCAAUUUGGAAUCACUAAGGUGUUUUUUAAAGCUGGUUUUCUGGACCACCUGGAAGUAAUGAGAGAUGAGAGACUAUCUAAAGUCUUCACAUUGUUGCAAGCCACAGCACGGGGCAAACUUAUGCGAAUAAAAUUCCAGAAAAUUCUGGAGGAAAGGGAUGCACUUCUUUUGAUUCAAUGGAACAUAAGGGCUUUCAUGGCUGUGAAGAACUGGCCCUGGAUGAGGCUCUUCUUCACGAUCAAGCCUCUUGUUAAAUCUGUGGGAAUGAGAGAGGAGAUAGUCAGCCUGAAGGAAGAGUGUAUACAACUGCAGAAAGCCUUAGAGAAAUCAGAAUCUCAGAGGCAGGAACUGAAAGCAAAACAAGUGUCCCUUACCCAGGGAAAGAAUGACCUGCUUCUUCAGCUGCAGGCUGAGCAAGAAACCCUGGCAAACGUUGAAGAGCAGUGUGAGUCGCUGAUUAAAUCCAAGAUCCAGCUGGAGGCCAGAGUCAAGGAGCUGUCUGAGCGAGUGGAGGAAGAAGAGGAGAUAAAUUCUGAGCUGACUGCCAGGGGGCGGAAACUGGAAGAUGAAUGUUCUGAGUUGAAGAAAGAAAUCGAUGACCUGGAAACAAUAUUGGCGAAGUCAGAGAAGGAGAAGCGAGCUACAGAGCACAAGGUCAAGAACUUGGCUGAGGAAGUGGAGUUUCUAAAUGAGGAUCUCAGCAAACUUAACAGAGCAACCAAGACUAUGCAGGAGGCACAUCAGCAGGCUCUGGAUGACCUGCACAUAGAGGAGGAGAAAUCAGGCAACCUGAGCAAAGCAAAGUUGAUGUUGGAACAGCGGGUGGAUGAGCUUGAGGGUGCCCUUGAGAAGGAGAGAAAAGCAAGAAUGAACUGUGAAAGGGAAAAGCGUAAACUGGAGGACAACUUAAAGCUGAACCAUGAAAGUAUGGAGAGCCUGGAGAGCAGCCAGCUGCAGCUAGCAGAAAAGCUGAGGAAGAAAGAAUUAGAAAUGAGUCCUAUGAAUUCAAAGAUAGAGAGUGAGAAAGGCCUGGUGGCUCAGCUUCAGAAGAUGGUUAAAGAACUUCAGAUUCAGAUACAGGAUUUGAAAGAGGAAUUGGAAGCAGAAAGGACGGCUCGAGCCAAGGUGGAAAGGGAGAGAACGGACCUUACCCAAGACCUGGAAGACUUGAGUGAGAGACUAGAGGAGGCAGGAGGCGCCAGUUCUUCUCAGCUGGAGAUAACUAAAAAGCAGGAGACAAAAUUCCAGAAGCUUUGUCGAGACAUGGAAGAGGCCACACUGCACUUCGAGGCAACAUCUGCCUCUUUGAAGAAGAGACAUGCAGACAGCUUGGCGGAGCUGGAGGGCCAGGUAGAAAGUCUACAGCUGGUCAAGCAGAAACUGGAAAAAGAGAAGAGUGACCUGCAGCUAGAAGUAGAUGACCUGCUGACCCAUGCUGAGCAGAUGACCAGAGCAAAGGCUAAUGCUGAGAAACUCUGUAGUUUGUAUGAAGAACGCUUGAAUGGAGCAAAUGCAAAACUUGAAGAGGUGACUCAGUUGACAAAUGACCUGACAGCACAGAAGACAAAGUUACAGAGUGAGAGUGGUGAGUUGCUGAAGAGGCUAGAAGAAAAGGAAGCUCUGAUAAGCCAACUUUCCAGGGAAAGGGGCAACUUUACUCGACAGAUUGAAGAACUGAGAGGGCAGCUAGAAGAGGAGUUCAAGUCACAGAGUGCUCUGACCCAUGCCCUGCAGUCAGCCAAGCGUGACUGUGACCUUCUACGAGAGCAAUAUGAGGAAGAACAGGAGUCCAAGGCCGAGCUGCACCGGGCACUAGCCAAAGUCAAUGCUGAAAUGGUGCAAUGGAGACUGAAGUACGAAAACAGUGUCAUCCAGACAGCUGAAGACAUGGAGGAUGCCAAGAAGAAGCUGACGAUUAGGCUGCAGGAAGCUGCAGAAGCCAUGGGGGUGGCCAAUAGCAGAAAUGCCUCCCUGGAGAGGACCAGGCACCAACUGCAGCUGGAGCUUGGGGAUGCCCUGUCAGACCUCGGGAGGGCUCGAUCCAUGGCAGCCAGCCUGCACCAGAGGCAGCAGCACUCUGACCAGGCCCUGGCCGACUGGAAGCAGAAGUACGAGGAGUCCCAAGAAUUACUAGAUGCCUCUCAGAAGGAGGCCCGGGCUCUCAGCACUGAGCUCCUCAAGCUCAAACACGCCUAUGAGGAGAGCUCUAUGAGCCAGGAGAUGCUCAGGAAGGAGAACAAGAACCUCCAAGAAGAGACUUCAAAUCUGGCAAACCAAGUUAGAGAACGAACCAAGAAGUUAAGUGAAAUGGAAAAGGUCAAGAAACUGAUUGAACAAGAAAAGACUGAUGUCCAAGUGACACUGGAAGAAGCAGAGGGAGCUCUGGAACGUCAUGAAAGCAAGAUUCUUCGUUUCCAGCUUGAACUCUUCGAAGCUAAAGCAGAACUUGAAAGAAAGCUUUCAGAGAAGGAUGAGGAAAUUAAAGAUAUUAGGAGGAAACAGCAGUGCGCUAUCGACUCCCUGCAGUCUAGCCUGGAUUCUGAAGCUAGGAGCAGAAUUGAGGCUACCCGGCUGAAGAAGAAGAUGGAAGGGGACCUCAAUGAGAUGGAGCUCCAGCUUAGUUAUGCCAAUCGGCAGGUCUCAGAGUCAACCAAGUCCCUGGGCCAGCUUCAGAAUCAAAUCAAGGACCUUCAAGUACAGCUAGAUGACAGCACACGCCUGAACAGGGAUCUGCAGGAGCAGGUGGCUGCGGCUGAGCGGUACAGCGCUCUUCUUCAGUCUGAACUAGAGGAACUGAGGUCCUUGCAAGAGCAGACAGAGCGUGGGCGCAAGCUGGCAGAAGAGGAGCUCCUGGAAGCCACAGAGAGAAUCAAUCUAUUUCAUACCCAGAACACAAGCCUCCUCAACCAGAAGAAGAAACUAGAGGCUGACAUUGCCCAGAUGCAGAAAGAAGCUGAAGACGCAGAGCAAGGGUAUAAAAAUGCAGAAGACAAGGCUAAGAAGGCAGCCACUGAGACAGCAAACAUAUCAGAAGAACUGAAGAAGGAGCAGGACACCAAUGCCCACUUGGAGAGGAUGAGAAAGAAUAUGGAGCAGACAAUUAAAGACUUGAAAAAAAGACUGGACGAAGCCGAGCAAACUGCGCUGACAGGGACUAGAAAGCAAAUCCAGAAACUGGAAUCCAGGGUUCGUGAACUGGAAGGUGAACUGGAGGGUGAACUCCAUCACAAUGUGGAGGCCCAGAGGGAAACCCGCAGACUUGAACGAUGCAUCAAAGAGCUGACCUCUCAGGCAGAGGAAGACAAGAAAAACCUGAGUAGGAUGCAGACUCUGAUGGAUAAACUUCAGGUGAAAGUGCAAAGCUACAGGCAGCAAGUGGAGGCAGCAGAAGCACAAGCCAAUCAAUAUCUUUCCAAGUAUAAGAAGCAGCAACAUGAGUUGAAUGAAGCGAAGGAAAGGGCAGAGCUGGCAGAAUCUCAAGUCAACAAACUCAAGAUUAAAGUAAAAGAAUUUGAAAAAAAGGUUCGUGAAGAAUAAGCAGACCCUGCUUUGAAAGGACAACUGGAGAAGAACAAGGAGGGUGGUAUUUUAUGGCCCAAGCCCUCAAUUUCAUUAGAAAUAAGCAUGUUUAUAUGGUGUGAAAAGCAGUUUAAGCAAGGUGACUACAAAAAUGUAAUGAUUAAAGGGAAUAUUGUUGCUUCCAAGGUUAAUGGGGAUUUUUUUGAUCUUCAAAUGCAAGUAAACUGCCUUUUAACAUUUCACACAAAAGAUUAAAUAGAGGCAAGAAUCUUUUCACUCCUGAUGCUAUAAGAACAAAUGAAUAAAUAUUCUUUUGUCCAUAUUGCCUCUUAAUUGGUAAUAUUUAAAACACAUCUUUAGGUGAGCAUGUGGAGUGGUGGUUGAAGCACUGGACUCCCAUGUGGCUGACUGCAAUUCAAGUCGUGAACCUGGAA